AUGUCCAUCCCGUCGCUUGCUUCCAUAGCCAUCCCCAGCGUUCUCACCUUGAUCUCGUUCCUCGCAUAUUCCUCCCAGUAUUUGUUCUCCCAUAUCGACCCGCGACCCUUGAGCGGCCCGGAGUUCCUUCGAUUCAACGCACUACUUCUUUGUCUUCUGAUCUGUUAUUAUCGAGCAUGUUCAACGAAUCCGGGCGUGAUUCCGGCAAACUGGGCGGAGAAAAAAGAGGAUGAGACAACCGCCAAAGGCUCGAGGGUCCGGUGGUGCAGAAAAUGCGAGGCGCCAAAGGCCCCGAGAUCACAUCAUUGCAAGAUAUGCAAAAGGUGCAUACCAAAGAUGGACCAUCAUUGUCCUUGGACAUCAAACUGCGUGUCACAUACCACGUUCCCUCACUUUCUCCGAUUUUUGCUUUACGCUGCCCUUGCUAUGACCUACUUGGAGUAUUUCUUGUAUCAAAGAGGUGCCGUCCUCUGGAAUAACCGACGUAUGCCAAGUUAUCUCGGACCAAGCGUGGUCCAAAUGAUCCAUCUUCUGAUCCUGUUUUGCAUUAAUUCCAUUACUUUGUUCGCAUUAACCAUCCUCUUCGUGAAGUCUGUGUGGAGCCUGGCGGUAAACACCACGACGAUCGAAGGGUGGGAGAUUGAGCGGCACGAGACUCUACUUCGUCGUGCUCGUGUUCUGGGUGGCUUCCUCCGUGCGCCGGAUGGAUCGCAGGUGCGGCUUGCUCGUCAGGAGUUCCCUUAUGAUAUCGGAAUCUGGGGGAAUCUGAAGCAAGGCAUGGGCACGUGGAAUGUCCUUAUGUGGUUCUGGCCUUUCGCGUCGACACCAUCUAUUGAAAGUGGCAUUUCGUGUCCCAGCAAUGGAUUUGAAGAUCCGUCCAUGUCCUGGCCUCCCCCGGACCCCGAUCGCAUGCCUCGCAACUGGAAAGCGCCCAUCGUCGACGAAUCAUUCGCACAAGAAUCCGAUGCCGAUCGACUUGCGAAGUUCAAGGAACGGCAGACACAAGAUAUGAACCGAUUCGAACUCGCCGGCGGGAUUCGACGCAGGCAUCCGUUCCAUGAGAGAUAUGCCAACGCGGAAGAUCCAGACUGGCAGUAUGACAUGGAGGGCGACGACUAUCCCACUGACGACGAGAGCGGCGAGGAGGGCUGGAGAAACGGUGAAGGAGAACGAUUGGACGACUUCGGGGUGGACGAAGGCGUUGAGUUCUAUGAUGAGGAUAAUAUUCCUUUGGCCGAACUUAUCAGGCAGAAGAAGCUCGUUGCUUCUGGCGAUGUUUUGAGUUGA